AUGGAGAUCGUAUGGCAAUCGGGCGAAAAGGCACCGAAGAAACGGACAGCUGCAGCAUGCCCAGCUUGUCGCGCACGCAAGAAACGGUGCUACCACCUUGAAGACCACGGGACCAAAAGGAAGGAGCGAGUUUACAGAGCAAUGAAGUCAGUCCAAAGACCUCAUCCAGAGGUCGACACCCGCGAAUCUGACCCAAGUCCCGGUCGUGUGAGCGAAUACAAUCCUGAAUCCGUUCUUGCAGCUCUAUCAGAGGAUGCCGAACCGGGAACAAGCGAUUUGGCACAAAUACCUCAUCCGGUAACAUCGCGGCCUACCCCAAAAGCUAUAGCACCUAGUUCAUCUGUUGCAUACGAAGCACGACGCAGAUUGGUAUGGUAUAAACAACACAAGAUCCGCGCGGCGCCGCCGAACUUAUCAAAGUCGUAUCGAAGGUAUCUACAGGAAGAAGGGGCCUUUACUGCUCUACCCAAAACAACGACAGAUGGUCUCUUGCCUUUGUACAAUUCGACAUUAGACGACCUCGCUCCCAUUACAGAUGGCGCCUCCGUGUUCCGCGACCACAGCAACGGGCAAGCGUCUAUACACUUGGUGAAGGCAAUGUGUCUCGUGGCCUGCAAGACGAAGCAAGCGGCCCCUUUCCUAAGAUUGACAGAUUCCGGCCCCCUCCUCGAGCCUCUAGAAUUUGCAUCAAAGCUACUGGCCGGGCUAGAUGCUGCUAUCAAAGCAGAUUUGGAGCCCGACCGCAUCGUCAAGAUCCAGAUCUUAGCACUGAUGCAUCUGCAUAAUGAUGGGCUAGCUGGCAUAGAUCGCGCGUCUAGUUGUCUUUCGCAAGCCAUCUGCGAAGCUUGGUCCAUGUGUAUACAUUUGAAGACACCUGGGAAUCCCAAUGACGAAGAGUGUAAAUAUCUAUGGUGGUCACUUCGAAACUUUGAUCGCCUAGGUAAACCCAUCAUGGCAGCAGGGCCUUUCUUCAUCGAUGAUGCGGAUAUUGGUGUUGAUCGUAUAGCACCAAGUAAAGACAGUUAUCGCUCUCAAGUCAUGGCUGUGAGCCUGAGGCUCGGAGAUUUGAUGACCACCGCAACCAGGGCUUACAAAGCUGGCUCCACGACCGCGGUGGAUGGCUGUUGGGAGUUUCCAUCGCUCUCGGAACUCACAGGCGGAAGCAACUUUGAUCAGUUCCACAUGUCACAUCGAGCAUACCUAGAGAUAUGGUAUCAUGUUGCUGCCAUGCUAUCCUGUCGCUAUAGUGGGCCAAACACCAUACAAUACAAUCGACGUCUUGCCUCGGCGGACCAAGUGCUCGAAAUUGUCUCUCGGGAAGGGUGCGAAGGGCUUCCUCCACUCCCACUAGUACCAUACGCGAUGUCCAUGUCCACAACGGCCAUCUACCGCGCAUUACAUGAUGGCGAAAGAGAGAUAUACAAGGCAGGAGAGGAUCUUCAUCGAUGUUGCGACGCACUAGAUGGACUUAGUCAACGAUGGACUAGCGUGAGAGGCGUGGGCAAACUUGCAAAGCGACUCUGCAGACUCAUAAGCGACGGGACAUUGAAUGGCUUGCGAGACGUACACGGAAGUAACACUUCAACAUCCGACAGUACAAGGGUCUCAACCCUACCUAUGUUCGCUAAUAAUAGUGUGAUUACGAAUAACCCGGGGUUCUCGUAUAGCGAUGAGACAUUGCAAAGGCAGCUCAAUGAGAUAUGGCCAAGCUUCGAUGCAUCCUACCCUCAGAUGGACUGGGCUUUCCAGGAUUACGGCUUCGACAUGGAAUUCUCCGGUCCGUUCGACGACCUGCCAUCUUGA